UCCCCUCCCCUCCCCACCCAGGCAAGAUGGCGGCGUGGCGACGGUUACUAAGCGACGGGGGAUUGCGGGGCUCCCUCGGGAGGCUCCGGUUUUCCUGCCUGGAUGAUGGAAGGCGGUCCUUUGCCCGCUGCUGUUCGAAAAAUGCUUUGCAGCAGCCCCCAAAGAUUUGCUGGAGGCUUUGUCCAACCAGAAACUUUGCCUCAGCUGCUACUGCUGGAGCCACAGAAGAAAACAUAUUAAAAUGGGGACUUCUGCUCAUCCCAAUAGGUUCAUUUUUCCUUGGCUGUUGGCAGGUUCAACGGCGGGAAUGGAAGCUGAAACUGAUUGCCGAACUGGACAGCCGGGUUUCCGCCGAGCCAAUUUCACUGCCAGCAGACCUCUAUGAACUGAACGAAUUGGAAUACGUGCCAGUCAAGGUCAGAGGUCAUUUUGACCACACCAAAGAGCUCUAUGUGCUCCCACGAUCCCCUGUUGACCCUGAGAAAGAAGCCAGGAAUGCCGGCCGUAUCAUGUCUAAUGUGGAGAGUGGAGCCCACGUCAUCACUCCCUUUUACUGCACUGACCUCGGGAUAACGAUUCUUGUCAACAGAGGAUUUGUUCCCAGGAAAAGGAUGAAUCCAGAGACCAGGUUAAAGGGACAGAUCCAAGAGGAUAUCGAACUCACGGGGCUGGUGAGGCUAUCUGAACCUCGGAGAGCUUUUGUGCCGGAAAACAACAUUGAACAAAACACUUGGUUUUACCGGGAUUUAGAUGCCAUGGCCAGGGUCACGGGAGCAGAACCCAUUUUUAUUGAUGCAGACUAUAGAAGCUCAGUUCCCGGGGGGCCAAUUGGGGGCCAGACCAGAGUAACUUUACGAAAUGAGCACAUGCAGUAUAUAAUUACUUGGUACACACUGUGUGCUGCCACUUCCUUCUUGUGGUACAAGAGGUUCAUUCAGAAGUUGCCUUUAUGAAUCCUACGAAUGUUGAAGAACGUGGUUCAGGUGUGCAGCUUUAAAAAGUGGCCAUCUAGCCCAGGUUGUAGACUGGAGCAUUUGGAAGAUGAUUUGGGAUUUCUUGGUGGACGAUCUCACCCAAGCCAAGAGUUGCUGGAAGCCAGGCAGUGUUUCUCUUAAAGUAAGCUGAUCUUCAAGUAUUUGGGGAAAUAUUAACUGGUUAUCAGAAGACAAUUAAGUAAUGGGGAGCCUUGAAGGAAAAGAAAAUCUUUUCAAACGUGGGCUCGUCAAUGAACAAGAAAUCGAUUAAGGCUUAGGGGAUACUCUAUAUUUGUGGUAAUUUGAAUCAUGUUUCUUGAAAUAAAAUGGUGUCUUUUUAGUG